UGCCACUACAACCAAUCGGCCACGAGUAAGAUUACCCUAGCAUUGUUCGAGUUAAAUGUUUGGUGUAAUGGAGUAAACAAAAGACAAUGACUAGAGGUAACGUGAAAACAUCCACAUUAUAGUACAUAUUAUACACACGGUCUGACAGUCCAAUCAGAAUUGUGGGUAAUUGCAAAGUCUUGGUAUCGUGUGCUUUACUGAACGUGAGGAGUACUGCUGUUGUGUUGGGUCAUUUCGCUCACCAUGAGAUCAGUGAGUGGCUUUGCAACACAUUUAAGUUUCUUCGACGAAGAAAUACUCUUUGACGUGGAACAUGAAGAGAAUCAUCAGUCUGGACAGGGUCCAAUUCCACCCUCUGUAGUGUGCCCCCCUUCCAAGGGGUCCGUGGGCGAUGCCGCACAGGUGAAGGUGAAGAGGAAAUGUGGACGUCCUCGGAACCCCAUCCCUCGCCACAAGAGAGAGUCCCACAUCAACGCCGAGCACAGGCGGCGGGGAAAGAUUCAGAAUGGUUUCCAGACGUUAAAGAACAUUGUCCCCAAGAAUGGCGAAACAACGGUCGGAAGAGACAGCAAGUCAGAUAUUCUGUUCAAAGCUGCCGAUCACAGCCGGAAGGUGAAGACCGAAUGCGAAGAGCAGAAGACGAUGAUCACAGCGCUGCGACAGGAAAUGGACAUCCUCAAUGCUGAAAUUGAAGCGUAUCAAGCCUUCAUGCCUGACGGGAACCUAUUCGAACCACCCCAAGUUAACAUGGAAGAGCGACUAAGUGAUUACAUCCAGAGUCGAACCCGUGACAGUUGGAAGUUCUGGAUUUUCAGCUUUAUAAGUCGUCCCCUUUUCGAAUCCUACAACCGUCUGGUCUCAACAACAACCACAGAGGGCUUUCUUCGCUCAGUCUUGGAUUGGGCCGCCAGCAACUUGUCUCUAGCUAAUCUCAGAUCAGUGGUGUUAGGCUCGCUGCGGUUGAUCAGCACCCAGACGUCAAUCAUGAACGAACCCCUCAGCCUCCCUCAGGAAGCUCUCCAUCAAACCACAGAACUUUCUCUUGACCCAGCCUUCCUUCAGUCAACUGUAGAUCUUCUAGACAAGGACUUCUCCCUCUCAGAUCCUCUGUUCAAGGACUUGGCACUCCCAGAACCAACCUACACAGCUCUAUGACCCAGUCAAGCCUAAUAUGACAAUGUGUAAAAUAUCCUAUAUGGACACACAGUUGCUGAGUGACGAUCUGUCUGCUAUGCAAGAGCGGAUGUGUGCUGCACAGAGCAAGGAAAUGCAUGUUUAGACAGAUGCUGGGUUCAGAUGAUACAUAAGGCUGUUGCAAGUAAGUGAGAGGUGAAGCAAGAUCAGUGAUACAGCAUAGAAUGAAAGAACCAAAGGUGUAACUUGUUCACAGAUACUUGGUUACUUUGACACUAUGGGUGAAUGUUAAACGAAGAAAUGCCUUAACAUCAUUCAUGUACAUUACUUCACUUCAUGUGAAUUGGUUGCUUUCUUGUCCAAGUAAUUCCUUGCCUACCAAAUUUCUCCAAUUUUCACCUGUAUGAAAAUCAUUUUAAACUUUCAUUUCUUCACAUUUACAGAAAGUUAUUGGUACUUAAGUUUCAAUGAUUUCUGAAAUCCUGUCGAGAAUACAAUAUACCGUAUUCGACAUAAUAAGCGCCCAGGGCGCUCUCAAAAUUAGAAAUAGACAGCCUGAAAUGUUUAUAUACGACAGGUACAUAUUUCCAGAAUUUAAUUGCCCAUAAUUGAGGGUGCA